AUGUUUUAUCAACAUAAUUUUAAGUAUGAUAAUGAAUUAAUUGAAAAAAAACAUUUGGUUUCAUUCUAUAAUGAAGAUAGUAAAAAUAAUCUUCGCGCUGCUCCUAAAAUUACAUAUUCUCAUAUAUUUCCUGGGCCUUUUGAAAAAAUGCGCGUAUAUUUAGCAGCACAGGUGUUUAGUGAGAGUGUCUCAGCUGGAAUGCUACUUUUCUUAAAAUCAAACCACUUACCUGAUACUUCAUUGCCUACAAUCAACUUUAUUCAAAAUAUGGAUAAACUUUUUGACAUAUUUAAUUCUUCUAGACGACCUGGCUUAAAACAAUUUAAUAGACCUUUUAAAAAUACUGAUUCGCAAAUUUCACAUUUAAAAUUUAUGGAAAACUUUUUUAAAACAUUACAAGUAUUUAACAAAAAAACAAAUGUUGAAGUGACAAACCAAAUAAAAUUUAUUAGAGGUUGGUUAAUUUCAAUCUCUGGUUUAUUACAAUUGUGGGAAUCACUAAAAGUUAUCAAUACUGAUGAGAGUUAUGUUCUGUAUACAAGUCGAAUCAAUCAAGAUAGGUUGGAAAAUUUAUUUGGCACGUUUCGCACCCAACAUAACGGAAAUAAUAUUAAUUCAACCCCAAUACAAUUUAUCUGGUCAUAUAAACAAAAUUUUUAUCUCAAUUAUUUUACCCACUCUGACAAUGCAAAUUGCAUAGGAGACUUGGAUGAAAGUUUAUCUAAAAUUAAUACAGAUCCCUUAAAUGACAAAAACAUAAAAAUAAUAUUUCAUGAUAAUAAUCCAUUUCAAUUUAAAAAAAAUAUACUUGCAAUAGACACCCCAGAUUAUAGGAAUUUACCGAUGCCAGAAAAAAAUGCUUUCAUAUAUGUUUGUGGAUUUGUGGAUGAAGAAAUGCAUUGA